AUGAGUUUUACCUUAGUUGAUCUUGGUCGACUGGGAUAUCGUGAUGAACCGUUUAUACUUGCAUCUCAAGCUAAACAAGUCUUCUAUGUUUCUGAUCCAAUUGAUAGUAAGUGGUCAAUUGUCUUGCAAGGGAAAAGAAGUAUUGUUGGUGUUGGUGAUGUUGAGGAUGAAGAAGAAUAUGACCACUUUGAUGAAAUCCCACCAUUUUCUAUUGAAAAGCCAGUUGGUGGGCUUUUAGAAAUUGAGUUUGAUGAUGCAUGUAGGCCUAUUGGCCCAAAUGCAAAGGAUUUCUCAAACUACCUAGGCAGUUUGGUUCGUCAUCAUGUGGAUAUUAAUAUCACAGAUUGGCCUCGCGUCCCCCACGGAGUUAGAGAACAAAUUUGGCAUGAUCUUAAGAAAGAGUUUAAUAUCCCAAAUGAAGAUGUAAAGAAAAAUAUUCUGAGGAUUGCGGGGUUGCGUUGGAAAGAUUUCAAGACAAGAUUGGUGCGGGACUUCAUCAACAAAAAGCAUCAUAAAUAUAACUCUCCCGUUGAGUUAUAUACUUUCUUGGAUGAAGAAAAAUGGAACACAUUUGUAGAAAAUCAUAAAACUAAGGAGUUCCAGGCCAAAAGUCGGAAAUAUAGGGAGUUGCAAGCUCAAAAUGAGCAUCCUUACUACUUAGGCUCCAGAGGUUAUAUUGGAAAGCAGUCUGAGUGGAUGUUGUCUGACCCAUUGUCUUCACAAUCUUCCUGCGCUUCUAUUAUAUCGAAAAUAGCAGCAUGUGAUCGUAGCUUGGAUUGGAUCGAGAAGUGUGAAGAGAUGUCUCAAGGAUCAUUCCAACCUGCCUGUCAAAAUGAUAUAUUAUCAGCAGCUCUGUGCACUAAUGAGCACGGUGGCUAUGAGAGAGGCGUUGGAGUGCAUACCAAGAUCCAGGAUAUGUUUGGUAUGCCUAGCCGUGGGAAAUCAUCUGGGGGUGUUUCAGGUGUUGAUCUUGAGACUAUGGAGAAAAAUCUUUAUGACAAAUUGGCUGAGAAAAUAAGAAAAGAAACAAGGGAAGAAAUGGAGGAAAAGUUUAAGGAUAUGCAAUCUCAGCUCCAAUCUUUUAUGAAGAAUGCACAAGCUAGUCCAAGGUUAGGCACAUCGCUUUAG